CGAAACGCAGCGUUAGUAAUCAUUGUUGAAUUAUGGUGUACCGUUUAUGGCUGGAUGCCUAAGUACGGUGAUGAUCGAAAUUUCGAGGUUAAUCGUUUCGUUAUAAUAAUCCAGCGGAGGGAAAAGUGUUCCAUUUUGCGAGAAAGUUGCAAUCAUUGGUUUAAUAAUAUUUCAGCGACAGCUCGUCGAGGUAUCGAUAUAGAUAAACGUUGUUGAAAAUUUGAUUCCCUCGUACUACCUUGAACGUCUAUGUUCUCUUUGACUUUCUUUCAACAUCCUUCGAACGAUGUCUUGCAUAAUAGUUGACAUAGAAGAUUGAACAAAAGUUCAUUGUUAAUUUCUAUUUCAUUCUAGGCAUAGAUAACCCGUACGCGUGCCACUAUUCUGUUUAAACGCGCCUCGACUAUAUUUUUAACCAGUUUCCUAAUGUCACAACGAACUUCAAAGAAGACAGUGAACUUCACCGUUGCCCGAUAUUUUUUUCAGAUCACGUAAUUCGUUUUUUUUGUCUGUACACUGUGCUUGGUAUAACAGUACAUUUUGGUAUUUCGUGUGUCUCGUUCGUACGAUCGUGAGGCACGUUCAAGAUACCAUUUCUUUGGUAUACCGUUACGCAUUUGUUUAUCUUGCAAAGCAAAAUUACAUUCGGCGGUGUGGUUCGAUUCUCUUCUUUAAAAUUAAAUAAUAAUGUCUUUGGUCAGCUUUAAAAGAAAUUCUUCUAGUUUUGAAUAGAAAUGAGAAAUUUUAUAGUUUUGAGAGGGGGAAAAAUUUCAUCUGGAUAAUUUUUUAUACCCACUGUAUUUUUUUCUUUUCUUUUUUCCUCUGACACACCACGGAGUAACGUCCGGCGGUUAAAAAAGUAAUAACUACGUUGUAACGUGAUGAUCAAUCUCGAUUUGGCGCACUUCGCGUCGAAAUCGAUACGCUGUAUUGCCGACCCCAUUUUCGUACGUACCACUGGCAAAAAGCAAAAGCAGGUCAUCUUUUCAAAAGAAGAAAAACUUAGACGCUAAGUAAUUAACUCGGUACGAGCUUGCUCCUCGUAUCUUGAGGCGAUUCUUCACUGUUGAACCGUGCAGCUUCACUUGCAAAACGACGAUGACACAGCGCCAAGUGCACUACCUUUGCCAUCGUGACGAACCAUCGUAAAGUACCAUAUUGAUGCAUAAAUAAAAAAUCAGAAUGAAGGAGAAUCUGUGCUUCUAGGGUGGUAGGGUAUGGGUGCCGCACCCGGAGAAGGUUUGGGAAGGCGCGGUACUCCUGGAAGAUUAUAAAUUAAAUCAGUCGACCUUGAAGGUUCGUACCGAUGAUUCCAAUCAGAUCAAGGCCCUGGAGAUCAAAUCGGACUGCGAUUUACCACCGUUGAGAAACCCCGACAUACUCAUAGGCGAGAACAAUUUGACGUCGUUGUCGUUUCUUCACGAGCCAGCCGUUCUCUAUAAUCUUCAGAUUCGUUUCCAACGACACUCUAUUUACACGUAUUGCGGUAUCGUUUUAGUCGCCUUUAACCCGUACAAUGAACUUCCAAUUUACGGGAACGACACGAUAUGGGCGUACAGGGGCCAGGCGAUGGGCGACUUGGAACCUCAUAUAUUCGCCGUCGCCGAGGAGGCUUACACCAAGCUGGAAAGGGAAGGUCACGAUCAAUCUAUCAUCGUUUCCGGCGAAUCCGGCGCCGGUAAAACUGUCUCUGCAAAGUACACGAUGCGAUAUUUUGCCACAGUCGGUGGUUCAACGACCGAAACGCAGGUCGAGAAGAAGGUUCUUGCCUCCCUGCCGAUCAUGGAAGCUAUCGGCAACGCAAAGACAACGAGGAACGAUAAUUCCUCGAGAUUCGGCAAGUUCAUCGAAAUUCAAUUUAACAAAUACUAUCACAUCACCGGAGCCACGUCAGCUCGUCUCCCGCACUUGCAUCUGGGCCACCAGAAUAAGUUUCACUAUCUGAAUCAAGGAAAUAAUCCUUUGAUAGACGGUGUGGAUGACUUGGUGUGUUUCGAUGAAACGAUAAGCGCACUGACCAUGCUUGGGUUCUCGUCCAAGCAGCAGGAUGACAUGCUUCGUAUUUUAGCGGCUAUUAUACAUUUAGGAAACGUUCAUAUAGGAAACGUCGAUUCCAACCAAAGUUCGAACAACGAGAGCGACACCGAGGCUAGUUACAUUCAUCCGUCGGACAAGCAUCUUUUGACGAUGUGCGAGUUAUUGGGCAUCGACGUGAGUGCAAUGAGAAAAUGGCUGUGCCAUAGGAAAAUCGUGUCGAUGAGAGAGGUAUUUUUAAAGCCAAUGAACGUGGAACAAGCGAUCGCUGCCAGAGACGCACUGGCCAAGCAUAUUUACGCGGAGUUGUUCAACUGGAUCGUGAAUGGUAUCAAUAACUCGCUGCAGUCUCAGAACAAGCCCCAGUGUUUCAUCGGUGUCCUGGACAUUUACGGUUUCGAGACGUUCGAGAUCAAUUCGUUCGAACAGUUUUGCAUAAAUUACGCGAACGAGAAGCUUCAGCAACAGUUCAACCAGCACGUCUUCAAGCUAGAGCAGGAGGAAUAUUUCAAGGAAGAGAUCGAAUGGACCUUCAUAGAUUUCUAUGACAAUCAACCGUGUAUCGAUCUCAUAGAAACGAAACUGGGUAUCCUCGACUUGUUGGACGAGGAGUGCAGGAUGCCGAAAGGUUCGGACAGUUCGUGGGCGGAGAAACUUUACUCGAAGUGCGGGAAAUCCAAACACUUCGAGAAACCACGAUUCGGAACGUCUGCCUUCUUGAUUCACCAUUUCGCCGACUUGGUGCAAUACGAAACGAUUGGGUUUUUAGAAAAGAACAGAGACACCGUUAUCGAGGAACAGGUUGACGUGCUGCGAAACGGAAAUAAUAAACUGUUGAAGAAAUUAUUCAGCGAGGAAGAUCCAAAGCUGAUGGUACCGCCGAGCGUAAGAGUGAAAGUGUCCGCUCAAAAGCCAGUAUUAAGUACGCCUAAGCAAAACAAGAAAACGGUGGGUUCCCAAUUUCGCGACUCGUUGAACAUGUUGAUGUCGACGUUGAACAAAACUACGCCGCAUUACGUGCGCUGUAUCAAACCGAACGAUACGAAGGAAGCAUUUGAAUAUAACCCAGUUCGCGCGGUGCAGCAAUUACGAGCUUGCGGUGUUUUGGAGACGAUCAGAAUAUCAGCGGCUGGAUUCCCCAGUCAAAGAACGUACAGCGAAUUCUUCCUCAGAUACAGAUGCCUCUGUAAAUUCAAGGAUAUUCGACGGGACGACCUCAGGGAAACCUGUCGACGAAUAUUGGACAGGUACAUCAAGGAUGAAGAUAAGUUUAAAUUCGGCAAGACGAAAGUCCUUUUUCGCGCUGGUCAAGUGGCUUAUCUAGAAAAGCUGCGAGGCGAACGACAACGAGACGCUUGUAUUAUGAUCCAGAAAACGGUGCGCGGUCUGAUCUGUCGCAGUAGAUACAGGAAGAUUCGACGCGCUGUACUUGGCCUUCAAAGAUACGGAAGAGGUUACAUCGCCAGGCAGAAAGCUCAGGCAGUGAGGGAGGAAAGGGCCGCGAUAAAGAUUCAAGCGCGUGUGAAAGGUUGGCUGAAGAGGCGCCGAUACCUCCAGAUAAAGCGCACAAUUCUUGGUAUUCAGACGUAUGGCAGGGGAAAACUGGCGCGAGAGAAAUACGAACGAAUGAAAGACAAUGCCGCGGCGAUUGUAAUUCAGAGGUUCGCCAGGGGUUACCUCGUUCGAAUGGCGUGCAAGAAAAAAUUGAAGGAUAUUGUAAUCGUUCAGUCUUGCGUUAGAAGGCGCAUGGCAAGGAAAGAAUUUAAGAGGUUGAAGGCUGAAGCGAGAAGCGUGGAACACGUGAAAUCCCUGAACAAGGGAUUGGAGAAGAAGAUCAUGACGCUACAGCAAAAGAUCACCGAACUUACGAAAGAAAAUCAGUCGUUAAAGAACGUUCAAAACGAGAUGAUCGAUUUGAAGCACAGAUUAGAAGGAUUGAAAUCCGUAGACGCGGAAAAUAAGAAGUUAAACGUUAUAUUGAUAGAGAAGGAAAGAGAAUUAGAAAGGAUGCAGAAUAUUGUGAAAACUGAGAGAGACGAAAAAAUGGAUAUUUUACAGGACAAGGAAAGGAAUACGCAAGAGAACGAACUGGAGAAUAAGGAACUUCAAAGUGAAAUCGAAAAGUUGCGAAAAGAACUCUCGGUAGCUAAUGAGAAGCUGAAGAAUAACCAACGCGGUGCUGAAGAGAAUUUGAAGCAUCGUUUAGAACAAGAAAAAGAUCUUCUCCUGCUGGAUCAGGAUCAAGAUCGUGGCGCUUAUCAGAAAUUAUUGAAAGAGUAUCACGAGUUGGAGCAACAUGUAGAAAUAUUAGAACAGAAACUCGCUAUGCACGCCCCUGCACACUCGCGUUCUCUCAGCAAUGCUUCCAGUAGUAGCGGGCAAAUCGUAUCUACGGAACUUCCACAAGACGAUCAAAAUAUUGAUCUCGGUUACGGGUCAGUAAGAUCAACUGCUCCUUCUUCGACCUCUUAUUCGCGAUUAGAAACGAUUGAUUGGAAUCAGCAAAGAUCAGACAGCCCGCCCGAAACGAAUGGUCCGGCUCACGCGCCGGUAGAUAUCGGAUUAGUAUUGAAGCUUCAACAGAAAUUAAAGGACGUUGAGAAAGAGAAGGGAAGAUUAAUCAGGAUGGUGGAAGAUUUGGAACGUGAUAGCCCUGAAGAAACUUCGAGGAUGCAAGAUACAUUUAGGCUUCAAGAAUUGGAAAUGGAAAAUGCUCAGUUAAAGAAAGAUUUAGGUUCGUUAAGAAAAAGUGUUUCCACAGGCCUAACUGGUGCACAGCAGAAUCUCAUGGGACAAUUCGAUGCGCUUCAAGAGGAGCUCGAAAGAAGACGAGAAGAGUGUAUUCAAUUGCAUAGCGUGUUAGCGGAUAAUACCCGAAGAAUGAAGAGCUUAGGCUCGAAUUAUGGCCGCGAUGUGGAUAUUAUAAACGAAGACGGGGAAUUAGUACUUGCUUUCGAGACUCAGAAAAAGAUCAAUAGGCAAUUGGAGGAUGAGCUUCAAACGAAGGAGAAAGAGUGGCGGGCACAGAGGGAUGAAUGGCGUGCAGAAAUCGAUAGGUUGCAGGAGGAAAUUGAGAAGCAGCAGAAAUUGCUGUCCGUGAAUUUGAACAAAUCGCCGCAGACUCAAACUGAGGCAUAUAUGCAACACGAAAUUGCUAGGCUUACGUCCGAAAAUUUGUGCCAGAUACAGCAGAAUCUGUAAGCGAUUCUACGAUAAUGUCUUCCACUAAUCAUUCGGGAGAUAAUGGAAGCAAUUUGCCAGCCAUCCGGAAGAAAGAGAGAGACUACGAGGGCAUGUUCGAGUUUAGGAAAGAAGAUAUCAAUGUGAUAAUACGUCAUCUCGUUAUUGAUUUAAAGCCUAGAAUCGCGGUGACAUUACUUCCUGGUCUGCCAGCCUAUAUACUUUUCAUGUGUAUAAGGCAUACAGACUGCAUAAACGAUGAUGAAAAAGUGAGAUUGUUAUUAACGGGCUACCUUAACGCUGUGAAACGUGUGGUCAAAAAACGCGAGGACUUUGAUUCUAGUGUACUCUGGUUCAGCAACACCUUAAGAUUGUUACACAGCAUGAAACAGUAUUCGGGAGACAAACCUUUCCAGAUUGAAAACACCCCAAGACAGAACGAACAGUGUCUUAGAAAUUUCGAUUUAAGCGAGUAUCGGGUUGUAUUGAGCAACGUGGCGCUUUGGAUUUUCAAUAAUAUCGUAACGAAUCUUAAAGAAAGAAUUCAGGCUCUGACGGUUCCUGCUCUCCUUGAACAUGAAGCCAUAUCAGGUCUGAACUCUAACAAACUCGGUCGACCACGAUCGUCUUCCAUGGGAGAAGAACCAGAAUCAACUCAGCAAAAACUUAACAAACUUCUCGAAGAACUUACCUCAGUAUAUAAAACGCUUCAGUUUCAUGGUGUUGACUCUGAGAUCGUCGUGCAACUUUUCAAACAACUGUUUUAUUUCAUGUGCGCUAGUGCUCUGAAUAAUUUGCUUCUAAGGAAUGAACUUUGUCACUGGACAAAAGGCAUGCAAAUAAGAUAUAACUUGAGCCAUUUGGAGCAAUGGGGAAGAGAUCGGAAAUUAGAACCAGCAUCCGAAGCACUUCAGCCCAUUGUACAAGCAGCACAGCUAUUGCAAGCUAGGAAAACAGAUGAAGAUGUCAAUUCUGUAUGCGAGAUGUGCAACAAAUUGACGGCAAAUCAAAUAGUAAAAAUUCUAAAUUUGUAUACGCCAGCUGACGAUUUCGAAACGCGCGUUCCAGUUUCGUUUAUCAAAAAGGUACAAGCCAAAUUGAGUGAACGUGGUGAAAACAACGAACAGCUGUUAAUGGAUCUUAUGUAUUCGUACCCAGUAAGGUUACCAUUCAAUCCAUCAGAUAUUCGACUAGAGGAUAUCGAAAUACCAGAAGUACUUCAUUUACCCAUGCUCAAAAAG